AUGGAGCGAGAAUCCCAGAUGGAGGUUUUGGAAAAGACAUUGCCGCGAUCAGAUGUGAGUGGUUCCAAGUUUCGAGUUACUGCGGACGGAAACGAGGCUUUGCAGAGGGGAACUGAGAUUUUCGAACAAGUCCAGCGCCGCCAGCGGCAUAUCAUGCAACCCUCGCAGUACGAGUUGGAAACAGAGAUCGGCAAAGAUAAAGCCAUUCAAUGGUUUGGAACAUUUUACAAGCGCAUGAUGGCAGAUCCGCGAAUGGCAGUUCUGUUCAACAACAAAGACUCGGAAGCCAACGUGUCGGCGUUGGUCCAUGGAAAGCGCCUUGCAUUGGCACUAUGGAGUCGCUGGACCGACGACCAAUCAUAUUAUCACGAGGUAGGCAACAACAUGUUUCGCCGUCUACAGGAAGGGCACACCCGUGCCAAACAAUGUCCUAUGCGCAGCAAAAGAUUGCAGGGGCGAGGCUUCACCACGGCACAACGCAACAGCUGGUUGGGACAUUUGUGGUUGGCCGGCAAAGAAAGCAGCAUCCCACCAAAACUUAAUGACCAGGUUGUCCAGCAUCUAGCUACACUGAUCGGCUUCUAUGGACCUUUCGUGGAAGCCAACUCCAAGGCAUGA